GGCACAAGAAGCAUAGUAAUUAUAUGCACUAGUGGCAAUCCCAACAACUUGUUGCUGUUAGUUGUUAAUUGUUAUCGAGUCAAAGGGUGGGAGCAAGAUGGGUUCUUUGGCAAAGAAGGGACUGAACAAUUACGUCAAACAGCUCCAGCAUCACCCUCUCAGAACCAAGGUAAUCACUGCAGGGGUAUUAUCAGCAAUCAGCGAUAUUGUGUCUCAGAAACUUACUGGAAUACACAAACUUCAAGUCAAACGCCUUCUUCUCAAAGUGGUUUUUGGAGCCGCUUAUCUUGGACCCUUUGGACACUACUUUCAUUUGAUGCUGGAUAAAAUUUUCAAAGGAAAGAAAGAUUCAAAAACUGUGGCCAAGAAGGUUCUGAUUGAACAAUUGACAUCUUCUCCUUGGAACAAUUUCCUUUUCUUGAUUUACUACGGAUUAGUUGUUGAAGGCCGACCAUGGGUUCAUGUGAAAGCUAAAGUUAAGAAGGAUUAUCCAUCAGUGCAAUACACAUCAUGGACGUUCUGGCCUGUUGUGGGGUGGAUAAAUCACAAAUUCUUGCCUCUUCAUUUCCGUGUUGUUUUCCACAGCUUAGUAGCAUUUUGCUGGGGAAUAUUCUUGAACCUUAGAGCACGAUCAAUGGCAUUGACUAAAGCCUGAAAGAUUACCGUUUACAGUCUUAAUAAGUAGAUGCUCCUGCUUGCAAGGACACUAUUACUCUUUCCAGAGUAGUUUGCAUCAUUUUAAACAUAUCAAAAGAAGAUCUGCCAUUCAAGUUAAUGUGUUGGCAAGAUAUUUUAGUUUGUCGAUUAUGUAGACAUUAAUUGGUGAUGCUUGGAAUUUAGAAGUUUGAGAAUUUUAUUCCUCAUGUUAGUCAUGUAUAAAUGACAAAUGAAUAUUGAAGACAAUUACACAAAGCAAUAACUAAGCACCAAACAGUUCAUUAUUCC